CAACUGGGAGCGUCCUUAUACACACAUAUCUCCGAAUAAAUUGCACCAUCUCACCACAAGCUCUGAGGCUGUAUCAGACCUUUGAACUUUUCUGAAAGUGGUAGGCCAUUGGCUAGACUAAACUACCCAAAAAUGAUGCCGAAAUCGCGACAUGCAAGCAUUUUCGACAGGCUGACGGAUUCUUCAUUGUACACCGGCACACACAAGCACCGUUUUGAUGAAAACGGCAACGGCCGCGGACUUUCAGGUCGCGACCGUAUCUCCAAAGGCUCAGGCUUCAUCGCGGGUGCCCCAGGCAGUGCAGUGGCAGACCUGAGCCAGAUCACCCGACCCAACCUCCAUGUCGCCUCAGGGACAGGUUACCGAUCAGGCCGCGGCGCAUCGCUGGUGCUCUAUCAUCGCAGUCCGAGUAAUGACGGUGGUUCUGGAGCCGCACCGCUGUCCUCUCCCGGCGCUUCGUCACCUCAAGGCCCCGCGCUCAGCGUGUCCUCGCCUGGGGCGCCACCCGCGCCCAGCACGCCCUCUCCGCGCCCCUCCUCCGUGGGCCGCGGGGCGAUGCGAUCCUCAGCCUCCGGAGCCCCUGCCGCCCACUCCAGCGGAAACAACUCCCAGCCGCGACCGGGGCGCGCAAGUGAGGUUGGGGACCGGCGGAGCAUCUUUGACCGCCUGAAUGACCCAUCGACAUACACAGGGAUGCACAGGCAGCGCUUCUCGUCGGACGGACGCGGGCUGGGCGCGGCUGGCCGUACGAUGCCCAACGCGUACGUCAGCCCAAUGGACCUUUGCCGGUGAUCAUUUAACAUUUUUCGUUGUUAUUUUUUAUUAUCAAUGAUCUAUAUUUUAUUAUACAGCAUUUGCAGCUGCUGGCGUGGCUUGCGGGUUGCGGUGAGCACAUCCGCAGCAAAGCAGGGAUUGGGCGCCGUCGUCUCGGGCAUGCGGAGCCCACGCAACCCGUGCAGGGAUGUGUACAUAGCGAUUUGCAGUUGCAUGCGCUCAAUUUUUCUGGUUGUAUGUUAUACCACCAUUUGACAAAAAGCGCGUGUCUAAUGUUACAUGCGGCAUGUAAUGUAAUGUAAUGUAAUGUUACAGAGUG